AUGGAAGCUUCAACGACCAACCUCCCUCCCAACUCCCCGGCCUCCGCCACCGGCGCCGCGGCGUCCAAAAUAACAAUCGAGGAGAAGCUCGAGAGGCACAAGUCCGGAUCGACUGUUGACGAGUGGGAAAUCCUGCGCCACCGUCCCGACGUCGGCUCCAGCUCCGGCGUCGGCGUCGCCGGCGGCGUCUACUCGAGCCGCGACCUCAAUCGCGUCGCCUCGAACCGCCGCCUCUCGCGCGCCGUCACCCGGGACUCGGCUGCCGAUGUCGACGAGAGCGGCGACGACUGGCGCCGCGACGAUGGCAGGAAGAAGCAGGUCUUUACGGGGACCACCCUGAUGUGGCUCGCGUAUCAGUCAAUCGGUGUCAUCUAUGGUGAUAUCGGGACGAGCCCCCUCUACGUCUUCUCGUCCACCUUCACAGACCUCCCGACCAAGAACGACCUCACCCAGGUCCUCUCCCUCAUCAUCUGGUCUCUCACCCUCAUGGUCACCAUCAAAUACGUCUUCAUUGUGCUCCACGCGGAUAACGAGGGCGAGGGCGGCACGUUUUCCUGCUACUCCCUCUUGACUCGAUAUGCCAACAUCACCAACUUCGACCCCCGCGAAGAGGCCACCGUCCGCAUGGAACGCCACAACACCCAGGACGUGCGCCCCGUCACCCGCGGCAUCCGCGCCGUCAUAGAGAAGAGCACCGUCACGCGGGGCUUUCUCAAGACCAUCGGCGUCCUGGCCGUGUCCAUGGUCAUCGCCGACGGCAUCCUGACCCCCGCCCAGUCAGUCCUGGGCGCCAUCCAGGGCCUCUCCGUCGUCAAGCCCGACAUCGACACCUCCACCAUCGUCGGCACCACCUGCGGCAUCCUCGUCCUUCUCUUCCUCAUCCAGCCCCUCGGCACCACCAAGCUCGCCAGCACCUUCGCGCCCAUCGUCAUCGUCUGGCUCGGCUUCAACGGCGCCUUCGGCAUCUACAACCUCGUCAUGCACGACCACACCGUCCUCAAGGCCUUCAGCCCCUACUACGCCAUCCACUUCUUCGUCGAGAAGAAGACCGAGGGCUGGAGAAUGCUCGGCGGCGUGCUGCUCUGCUUUACCGGUGUCGAGGCCCUGUUCGCCGACCUGGGCGCGUUUAGCAUGCGCGCCGUGCAGAUGAGCUGGCUGCUGUGGACGUACCCAUGCCUCGUCCUCGCCUACAGCGGACAGGCCGCCCACCUCGCCGUCAUGCCGGAGAAGUACACCAACCCCUUCUUCAACACGGUGCCCCCGGGGAUGCUAUAUCCGAGUCUGAUCCUGGCCGUUUUGGCUGCCAUUGUCGCGUCGCAGGCCAUCAUUACGGCAACUUUCCAGCUCUCGAGCCAAAUCAUGAAGCUCUCCUAUUGCCCGCAGAUGAAGGUAGUCCACACCUCCGAGACCUUCCACGGCCAGGUCUACGUUCCGCUGCUCAACUGGCUCCUCAUGCUCGGCACGAUCCUCGUCACGGCCGUGUACAACAACACGACCAGCCUCGGCCACGCGUACGGCGUCUGCGUCAUCUUCGUCACCUUCUUCGACACCCUCAUGGUCACCCUGGUCGCCAUCCUCGUCUGGGGCCUGCCGGUCUGGCUCGUCUUCCUCCCGGCCCUGGCCUUCGCCACGCUCGACGGCCUGUACCUCUCCUCGGCCCUCAACAAGGUCCCCGACGGCGCCUGGUUCACGCUGCUGAUCUCGGCCCUCAUGGCCGGCAUGUUCCUCCUCUGGCGCUUCGGCAAGGAGAACCAGUGGCGCGCCGAGGCCGAGGACCGCUUCCACCCGAGCGCCCUCGUCGCCAAGAACGCCGAAGGCGCGCUGGCGCUCACCCCGCGGUGGGGCGGCGACGCGCUCUCGCCCGUCCGCGGCUUCGGCAUCUUCUUCGACAAGACGGGCAUCCAGACGCCCAGCGUCUUCACGCACUUCGCGUCCAAGCUCGGCGCCCUGCCGGACGUCGCCGUCUUCUUCCACCUGCACCCGGUCGAGGUGCCCACCGUCCCGGACGCCGAGCGCUACCACAUCUCGCGCUUCGCCAACAUUCCCGGGUGCUACCGCCUCGUCGUGCGGCACGGCUUCAUGGACGAGGUCGUCAGCCCGGACCUGGGCGCCCUGGUGUACGAGCAGGUGCGCCGGUUCGUAGUCAGGCAGGCCACGGCCAAGGCCGCCGCCAGCAGCGAGCAGGAGACGACGACGUCCUGGGAGGACACGGAGGGGCCGCCCGAGUUGCGGGACGAGCGGUUGUCGGCGGAGCUGGCCAAGAUUGACCGGGCUUACGCGCACAAGGUCCUGUAUGUGGUGGGCAAGGGGCAGAUGCACAUCCGCACGGGGACGAGCAUCCUGAGGAGGGUCACUCUGGGAACGUUCUUGUGGAUCCGGGAUAACACCAGAGCCAAGAUUGCGAACCUGAGGCUGGCGAUGGAGAGGGUUGUUGAGGUCGGGUUCGUCAAGGAGAUUUAA